CUCUUCCGUCUCUCUCUCUCUCUCUCUCUCUCUCUCUCUCUCUCUCUCUCUCUCUCUCUCUCUCUCUCUCUCUCUCUCUCUCUCUCACACACACACACGCACAGAUUUCUCGUCGUCGAUCUCUGUGACUCUUUGUGUCGGACUCUCGUUCUUGAACACUUCGGUUUCCCCGCAGCAUGCACUCAUUGGAUCACGCUCACCUCUCCCCCUGUCAACUGAUUGAAGUGAUCAGGUUUACAGGCCCUCAAUGUUGAUUGUGCAAUUUGAAUUUUGGCAAUAACAUGGAAAGAUCAAAUUCACUAUGAGACCUUUUUCUGCAGUAUAGUUUAUUCCAGGUCUGCUUCAGUUUAUCAAUGAUGUGGAGUGCAAUGCAGCUAAAUUAAACCCAACUGCAGAAAACCUCAAUAGAGAAGCCAUGAAACCCACAAAGCAGAAAAAACCACAACAAUCAAAAGAAAAACAAACCCAUCUCCAAAAUCCACAUGAACCUACAAAUACCAUAAUCAAAGAUCUCCUCUGGUUCUCCCUCAUUUCCACAUUCUUCAAACUUCUCCUCAUCCCAGCCUAUCACAGCACUGAUUUUGAAGUCCACCGUAACUGGCUAGCCCUCACCCACACCCUACCAUUAUCUCAAUGGUACACAGAUGAAACAAGCCCAUGGACGCUCGAUUACCCUCCAUUCUUUGCUUACUUCGAGUAUCUCCUUUCCCAUUUUGCGUCCCUUGUGGACCCCACAAUCACAGACCUCUACAAUGGCCUAAACUACAAAUCCCCUUCAGUCAUCAUCUUCCAAAGACUCACAGUAAUCGCCUCCGAUUCAAUCUUAAUCUAUUCCAUUUACAAAUUAACCAAAAACUUGAACUCAAAGAAACGUUUCUUGAUCUGGAUUUCAGUCAUUUCAUCACCUGGGUUAUUGAUUGUUGACCACAUCCAUUUCCAAUACAAUGGGUUUCUUCUAGGGCUUUUAAUGGCCUCUUUAGGUGCACUUCAAAAUGGGCAUGACUUAACUGGUGGUUUCAUUUUCGCGAUUCUGCUAUGUUUCAAACAUUUAUUUGCAGUUGCUGGGCCCGUUUAUUUUGUGUAUAUUUUGCGACACUACUGUCGCGGAGGCUUUUUGAGGGGUUUCAGUAAGUUGAUAACAAUGGGAGUAGUAGUGAUUGCUGUUUUUGUAACAGCUUAUGGACCAUUUGCAUGUCAUGGACAAAUACAAGAUGUUUUGAAACGUAUGUUUCCUUUUGGUAGGGGAUUAUGCCAUGCAUACUGGGCUCCAAAUUUUUGGGUGUUCUAUAUACUCUCAGAUAAGCUUCUUGCUUUUGUGUUUACAAAAUUAGGGUUUUAUAUCAAAACACCAACUGCUUCGUUCACUGGUGGGUUAGUUGGAGAUUCUUCUCCUUUUGCAAUAUUACCUACAGUUACUCCUUUGGUAACAUUUGGUGUUGUUCUUCUUGCUAUUUUACCUUGUGUUGUUAAGAUUUGGAGGAAUCCUGACCCUAAAAAGAUUGUUAGAUGGGUUGCAUACGCGUACACAUGUGGGUUUUUGUUUGGGUGGCAUGUUCAUGAAAAGGCUUCUCUUCAUUUUUUGAUUCCACUUGCAGUUGUUGCAGUAGAAAGCAUUCAGGAUGCACGACAUUACUUCAUGUUAUCUAUAGUUUCUAUAUACUCGUUGUUUCCUCUUCUCUAUGAAGCUCAAGAAUAUCCUGUAAAAGUGAUCUUGCUUCUUUUAUAUGUUGCUAUAAUGUGGUUUGGGUUUUCUUCUACAUUUUCCGAGAAAAAAGAUGGUGGUGUUGUUAGUGGAUGGAUAGAAAAGAGUUAUAUGGUUGGGUUUGUGGUUGUGGAGAUAUGGGGACAGUUUCUUCAUCCUUUGAUUCUUGGUGAUAGAUUUCCGUUUUUACCCCUUAUGAUUAUCUCAUUUUACUGUGCGUUAGGAAUGAUGUACUCUUGGAUUUGGCAACUUAAAUCUAUUAUUAGGUCUCAUUGAUGAUUUUGUCAGAUGAUUGUUGUCGAUUAACACAUCAAAUUCAUAUGUAAUGUAACUCUUUACUGUGUCA